AUGAAAUCCGACAUCCAAAGAAAAAUCACCGCUCUGCGACUGGAGGCUAAAGCUGAUGGUGAUGCGCUGAGACGAGAGUUAUCGGCGUAUACUAGCAGGCUAAAUUACAACCACGAGGAAAUCAAACAGGCACACUUUGAGAUUGAACAGACUCUCAAUGAUUACAGCGACAGGUUGACCAUGCUGGAAAGAGCACAUGGAUCGCUGGAAAAGGAUACAAGAAAGUUUCUGAAAAAUGCAUGGACUUGGAAAAUAGAAGCAGAAGGCAAAAUCUACGUAUUACAGGGAUCAAAGAAGGCGCAGAAGGAGGUGAUCCCCGUCACUUUGUAG